GGGAGCAAGAGAAUGGCUCUGAGAGUCUGGGAUUCGAUGAAUACCAUUCCUACCAUUUUGGACUAAAUCAAGCCCGAUCGCAGGCAAAUCCUUGCGUUUGUUUCCUCAGAUCAGGCGAUGAGCAGACUAAAUGAAGGGUGAAUGCCAAACUAGAGAGAAAGAUAUCAUCAAAAUGACAGUGGAUUUUGAAGAGUGUGUGAAAGAUUCCCCUCGGUUCAGGGCGACAAUUGAGGAGGUGGAGACUGAUGUCGUGGAAAUCGAAGCAAAGUUGGAUAAGCUGGUGAAACUGUGCAGUGGGAUGAUAGAAGCAGGAAGAGCAUAUACCACAGCCAACAAACACUUUGUCAACGGAAUCCGCGACCUUUCUCAACAGUGCAGGAAAGAUGAAAUGAUAUCGGAAUGCCUCCAGAAGUUUGGAGAAAGCUUACAGGAAAUGAUCAACUAUCACAUGAUUCUCUCCGAUCAAGCUCAGAGGUCUGUCAGGAUGCAGCUGAAUAACUUUGUAAAAGAAGAUGUUCGGAAGUUCAAGGAGACCAAGAAGCAUUUUGAUAAGGUCAGAGAGGACAUGGACUUGGCGUUAAUCAAAAACGCUCAAGCUACUCGUAACAAGACGCAUGAGGUGGAGGAGGCCACGGGGACGCUGACCAUGACAAGGAAAUGUUUCAGGCACCUGGCACUGGACUACGUUCUUCAGAUUAACGUUCUUCAAGCAAAGAAGAAGUUUGAAAUAUUAGAUGCGAUGCUGUCAUUCAUGCAUGCCCAGUACACUUUCUUCCAGCAAGGCUACGACUUGCUCAAGGAGCUGGAUCCAUACAUGAAAAAGCUGGCCACUGAGCUGGACCAGCUUGUGAUUGACUCAGCAGUGGAGAAAAGGGAAAUGGAGCAUAAACACGCACUGAUACAGCAGCGGACUUUGCUACAGGACUUCUCAUAUGAUGAUUCCAAAGUUGAAUUCAAUAUUGAUGCUCCUAAUGGGGUGGUGAUGGAAGGUUAUUUGUUCAAGAGAGCAAGUAAUGCCUUUAAGACAUGGAACCGGAGGUGGUUUUCUAUACAAAACAGUCAACUGGUGUACCAGAAGAAGAUGAAGGAUGCACUAACAGUGGUGGUCGACGAUUUGCGACUUUGUUCCGUCAAACCCUGUGAGGACAUCGAGAGACGCUUUUGUUUUGAGGUUGUCUCUCCAAACAAGAGCUGUAUGCUGCAGGCAGACUCUGAAAAAUUGCGCCUAGCCUGGAUUCAGGCAGUGCAAGCCAGCAUUGCCACUGCAUAUAGAGAAAGCCCGGAUAACAACUACAUCAACAGGCUGGACAGAACUGCAUCUCCAUCCACAAGCAGCAUCGACUCUGCCAGUGACUCCCGGGAUCGCAGUGUGAAGGGCGAAAGCAUCCUGCAGCGGGUGCAGGGCAUCGCCGGGAAUGACCAGUGCUGCGACUGCGGGCAAGCUGACCCUCGAUGGGCCAGCAUCAACCUUGGUAUAACGCUGUGCAUCGAGUGCUCUGGAAUUCACAGGAGCCUUGGUGUCCAGUGUUCCAAGGUUCGUUCUCUCACAUUGGAUUCCUGGGAGCCAGAAUUACUUAAGUUGAUGUGUGAGCUUGGAAACAACACUAUUAAUCAUAUUUACGAAGGAAGAUGUGGGGAACAUGGACUGAAGAAACCACAGCCGGCAAGCACAAGGCAGCAGAAAGAAGCCUGGAUAAAAGCCAAAUAUGUAGAAAAGAAGUUCCUUAAGAAGCUGCCAAACGCCGAUGCACUUACGGACGCCGAACGGAAACCACGGCGAUGGAGUGUCAAGAAAUGCCGACGGCACAACAGUUCCACCAAAGCUCCGACAGCUCGGAGGAGGUAUCGGCAGGACACUGGCAAUGUGUCACCAGCAACGUUUGCAGCAGCAGCGGCGCUGGAGAGGAAAUUUCGAAGAGACUCCCUGUUUUGUCCCGAUGAACUCGACUCGCUGUUUUCCUACUUUGACACAACCGCUGGGCCUCGUAGUUUAAGCAGUGACAGUGGCCUGGGCGGCAGCACCGAUGGCAGCACCGAUAUCCUGGUCUUCGGCACGGUGGUGGACAGUGUCACAGAAGAAGUGAGCGAAGUUUCGGAGGAGUCAAGUGGGGAGGCGGAGAUUGAGCCCGAAGCUUCCGACUCCGAGGAUCUCCGAGAGCUGCACCCAGGGAUCCUUGUCUACAAGGCAGCACACGCCCGCAAUCUGGCAGUCAUGGCUGAGGCCUUGGCCCAUGGUGCUGAUGUCAAUUGGGUCAAUGAUGAGGAUGAAAAUAAAACUCCAUUAAUCCAAGCGGUCAUUGGGGGUUCACUUGUUGCUUGCGAAUUUCUACUUCAAAAUGGGGCCGAUGUAAAUCAAAAAGACAUUCGGGGCCGUGGUCCGAUCCACCAUGCCACCUAUCUGGGACAUACUGGCCAGGUUUGUCUCUUUCUCAAACGAGGAGCCAGUCAGAACGCAGUGGAUGAUGAUGGGCAGGAUCCACUCAGCAUUGCUGUUCAAGCAGCCAAUGCGGACAUAGUGACGCUAUUGCGGCUGGCAAGAAUGAAUGAAGAGAUGCGGGAGACUGAAGGCCCGUUUGGCCAGCCAGGUCAAUAUCCUAGCAGCAGUCCCACUGAGCUUCAGUACAGGAAGUGCAUACAGGAGUUUAUCAGCCUUAAGAUAGAUGAAUGCUAGGGAAACAGCACUAACUAGCCUGGCUGGGUGAUGUAGUGAUGAUAACUGGGCCUCUUUUGACUAUACAUUGGUGGGGUGAUGAGCUAUUUUCUUUAUGACUGCGUGUGUACAACUGGCAUUGAUGGUGAAAGAGGAAAAGGACAGUGCUUAAAGUUUAUUUUGUGUUGUGUGAACAGAUCCUUUCUUCACAUUUUUCAGUCUUAAUGUAAUCACUGUAAAGCAUGGGACUAAGUUGUAAUUCACAAACAUUCCACACUCUUAAGGGUUAGUGUCCUUGGUGGUUCAGUGGGUGAAUACACUCCCUGGCCUGGUACAGAUCGGUACAGACCAGCAGGUCUUUACUGAACUGGCUGCUCUCACUAGGUGUUCCAAUUGACCUCAAUACCUCUGGGUGAGGGAGGGCAAAUCCGACCAGGGCUUCCCAUUCCUGACAAUAGUGAGUGAUCCCUGCUAGGAUGUGUUGUAGACAUUAGGUCGAGCACAGGAUUGGGUUUGGCAUUGAUGCCCACUCCCAGUCAAAGAGUUUUCCAACACCCACUCUAGUACCUGACGUACAGGAAGUUGCUGGCAGCUGUGAAAUUGUACGUUGCGAGUCAGUGACUUCAGGAGAGCAGGGGAGAAAGGGGAAGAAAACAGAAGCUGGAGUUGAGAGGUUAUAAACCAGUCUUCAAAUAAGAAGUCAGUGUCCUCCUCUCCAAUUAAAAGCAGAGAUGCUCAGUUAAGUUUGAGUGCUGUAAACUUCUGAUUUCAAAUCAGCACCCUAUAGGAUCUGAACGUUUUCCUAUAAAACCCUAAACAUUCUUUAAAUUAUUGCCUGUGAUUAAGAAUUGAUCAUUUCCCUAUAGUUGGGUUUGAUUUUUAAAAGAUACCCACUUUUAAUGUAAUUCUUCUUGGCUCUAUUCUGUUGAUAGCCUGCAAGGGCAAACCGGUUGUGAAUAUCAGCCCUGGCUAACGUUCACACCCUGACUUGACAUGUUACAUUACCAAAUCCUGCCCAGGUCAGUCACUUUUCAUUGGCAGGUAAGCAGUGCUGUCAGUAUUCAUGAUUCUCAAUGGGGAGUCCGGCACAGUGUCCCAAGUGGGAAUCUCAUGAUAACACCUAAGGAGUCAAGGUUGUGAGUUUUGGAAAUAUUAGUGCUAAGAGAUAAUGAAGUGUUGGGCUGUGGGUUUUCUUCAACACCCUCUGCUAGCUGGAGGUGCACAUUGGUAGUUGCCAUGGACACAUCCACCCUUACAGAUAGUUCUCUGAGUACCAAGAAGAAGGUCCAAGAAGCUACAAAGGAGAUUGUAUGGGUGUACGUUACAAAGAAAUGAAGAAUAUUUAAACAAGCAUGGGUUGAGGGGAGGAGGUUAACCAAUACAAUUGGCAUUUAGCAAACAAGGCUAUAAUUUUUAAAAAUUGAGUCAAAAGACAUGUUCUGAAUCCUUUGUUUCUAGUGGAAACUUUACAUAAAUCACCAAAUAAAACAAUUAAACUUUGGGCAAAACCUUCUCUGCUUUCACCAGCACUGCACAGGGGCUAAUUACGUCCGAGGCUGUCUGUUAGGUUGAGAUGAGAAACCUGUGAGUCGUGUGCCCUGAUUUGGUUUUUGCAUUGGUGCUGCAAAACUCAUUGCCUUGGUUACAGAGAAAAAAAUCCACUCAGGCACAUUGGGAAGAUUUAUCAGCAAAUGCCUGCCAAGCAAGCUGUGGUCCCACGGGACUCCCUUUUUUAACAUCAGUUUUUAAGCAGCCAGGGUUAGCUUGCCAGUGAAUUACUAUUAAAUAACUUGAAGUGGCAACUAAAUAUUCCUUUAUACUAUAUUCAACUUUUCUACGGUGAAAAAUAUUCCUAGAAAUGCAAUGGAUAGGGAAGUGUUGAGCCAUAUGAACUACUUUGAUCUUUUAACCAAUCAAACAUUGCUUUGUUGAGAUGCUGCAUCUAGUAACCAGAACCUGAGCAGUUUGGAAGGAAGCUGAUUGUUUUCUGUGAUUGGGUUCCAUGGUAACACUGACCUUUGUUUUUUAACCUUGAUGUUGUAAUUAUUAUAAACAGAUCAGGUGACCUUGGUUACAAGUAGAGGACAGAUUCUGCCCUUGUGCCUGUACAGUAGGUGUUGUGUGUUGAUGCGUAUUGCUUGAUAUCAAAAUAAUGGUGGUUACAACUUUCUGUUUCUCGAAACAAAAUCACACAUUUUAAGGGGGAAAAAUGUUCUGUAAAUAUUAAAAUGGAGUUUUGUUCUGGUUGGGACAAUUUAUUUAAAAUGAAAUAGAAUAUGAAUUAGAUUAUAUGUAUAAAACAACUUUGUGCACUUUUCCUACCUACAGUAUUGUUUUCUGUUACACUUUGUGAAUUUUCUCAACAGUGAAAGUGUUGUUUUAAAUGUUUAUUUAUAUGAAUUGCCCAGAGGAAUAGUGCAAUGAAAAAAAAAUGAAUACAGGUAACUGUGUUUAUUGUUGGAGAUUUGUGGUUUUUUUUGUAACACCAUAGAGUGUAUUUUUUUAAAUUGACACACUUUGUUUUGUAUUGGCGCAGUACAGGCAUAAAAUGUCUCUGAGCUUUUAUUCAGUGUGACGCACCUGUGCAGAUUUCUACUGCUUUGUUUAGCAUAGAUCACUAGAGCACACGGCGAGUUCUCAGUAGGUCUCUUUUACCGCGUUUUGUGAAAGCUGUUUGAUUUGCAACCAAACCUGGGUCGACGGGGUCCCAACAGGUUCAGCUUCAACAAAAAAAAAAUUGUUUCUUCAUUUUAAAAUUUUUUCUGUGUAUGGAGCGAUAUUUUCAAACUGAUUUGUGAUUCCCAGCAUCUCUAAUUAAACGCUGUGUAUAACAUUG